AUGGAGGAAACCCUAAGCCCUACCAGACAGAGGCUUCCCGUUGCGGCACGAAUUCAAUCUCCUACAUCUCCCUUCAUACUCGGUUCGAAUGACGAUCAGCUCGAGCGCGCUCAAGCACGAGCAGCACGCGCCGCCGCUAUCCGUCGCAAGACUCAGAUUGACUCCCAAUCCGAUGCCGAUUCUGAUCCCUGUCUCAACAAACAGCAGAUCUUUGAUUUGUUCCAGAACUGCAUAAAGCUCGCCAGCGAAAAUAAAAUUAAUCAGAAGAACACUUGGGAGUUAAACUUGAUUGAUCACCUUACUGAUAUUGUUAAGCCAGAAGAAGAAAAUGAUACGGAGACUAACUUUCAGAAGGCAAGCUGCACUCUUGAGGCUGGUGUCAAAAUUUAUUCAUUAAGGGUGGAUUCAGUGCAUUCUGAGGCAUACAAAGUCCUUGGAGGGAUGAAUAGAGCAGGACAUGAAGCUGAGCCAGGUUACAAUCAUUUCCCUCUUACCGAGCCUAAAACUACCAUGGAGGGUAUUAAUGUUGAAAGUGGACAAAAAGGAAGCAGGAAAGAGACAGAUAGAAAGUUGUCACCUUUGUCAACACUGGAAUCAUCUUUUGAGGCUCUUAAUGUCAAGAAGUUUGAUGCUGCAUUUGUUGUGGAUCCCCUCUAUCGCCAGACAACGGCAAAAUUUGACGAAGGAGGAGCCAAAGGCCUUUUAAUGAAUAAUCUUGGGGUUUAUGGUGGUUGUAGGAUGCUCUUUGAUUCACAAGAAGUACCUGCAAAGUGUAUGACAAGGCAAAAUGGACCUGAUACCUCGAAUACCAUUGAUCUUUCUUUUGCCAAAGAUUGUGUUGAGCAGAUGUUAUUGGAGUUGCGUGUAAAGAAAGAAAUUUCUCCAACUCUCCGGACUAUAGUAAACCAAUUUGACGAGACUAAUAGAAGGCCUACUGAUUUUCAACUUCAUGGCCAGAAUUCAGCUGAAGAGCUUGAUGCUGAUUUUAAUUGUGAAAAUGGGACUGACGGAGCAGACUAUGAGAACUGCACGACCUGGAGUGAGGAUCAUGAUGAUCAACCAGUUGUUGAUGAUCUAGGCUCUAAUGAUGUUGAUCCAAGUUUCCCUAGUUACCCUCAGGAAAAUGAGCAAUUUCCUUCCACAGAGUCUGAUAUGGAUGACAGAUUUGAAAAUGUUGAUGGGUACUUAUUCUUGAGUCUGGGUUUUAAUUCAAAACAGAAUGCUUGGGCAGGCCCUGAUCAUUGGAAGUAUAAAAAAUCUAAAGUUUCUGAGGUUCAACCUACUUCCGAAGAUGGGCCAACCCUGAAAACUAGGCAGACAAAGAGUAAGAAACAAACUGAAGUUGAUUUAGAUUUCACAAAUUCUCUGGAGAAAAACUUUAUGGAUAUAUUUGCUCCUCCCAAGAAUCCAAAAACAUUACUUCUCCCUGAGAGCAGGCCGCCUUGCAAUACAAAACUUCCAGAGGACUGCCACUAUCAGCCAGAGGAACUUGUCAAGCUAUUUCUUCUUCCAGAUGUGAAGUGUCUUGGGAGGAGGGCAAAACGAUCCCCAGAUGCAGAUGGAUCUAGUGAACAGUUCAAUGAGAAUGAUGUAUUCCCGUCUUGGGAUAAUGGAAGUGCUUGUGGAGGUGAUGAGGCUGGUGACUAUGAAGGUGUUCAUCACAAUGAUAUUGAGGACCUUGACACUCUUAUUACUCAGCCUCGGCAGGUCAGUAAAAUCGAAGUCCAGUAUGACAGAACGUCCAAACAAGUUGAUGUUCAAGCGUUAAAAGUUACACUAUGGGACCAAGUUCAAGCAUCUAUUAAACUUCCUCCUGUUCAGGAUCAAGAAGAAAUAGUAUAUUUCAAGAAUGUAUUGGCUAAUUUUCCUGCUGAAUGCAAUGCUGCUGCAAACAUCAGCGACAUCUCUCCUCAUUUGUGCUUUAUAUGUCUACUGCAUUUGGCAAAUGAGAAUGGAUUGAGACUUCAAGGCUUUCCUAACUUGGAUAAUCUUUCAAUAUUCCUUCCACCUGAUGCUGAUGCUGCAGUUUAG